GCAGCCAUGUUGACAACAUUCGUCAAAACUGUGAUUAAACUGUAUACAAGCGUGUACUCUCCGAGCAAAAGCGCACGGACUGGCACGGAGGUUACAUCGUUCGCUGCUGCGAAAAUGACAUCGUGCGACGGGAUCCUUCGCAAAUUAUAAUCAUCGAUUCUUCCACCGUUCAAGGUUCACUCACCGAUGUCACGUGCAAACUCCACGUGAGGAGCGAGGUUACGACUCGCGAAUCGCUCGAACAGCGUGAGCACCAGCGGCAGAGUGAAAGGAAAUUCUUUACGCGAUGGACAUCAGACUGUUACUCGUGUUCACGAGUAUUUUCGCUGCGAGCUACUGCACCACUGAAGACCUCGAUCUGGGCAUAAUCGUUUUUGCAAAUGUUUUAUACAGGCACGGUGACAGAACUCCAAUUGCUCCUUACCCUAGCGACCCUUACCGCAGUGAAACUCUCUGGCCAGUCCCAUAUGGUGAAUUAACAAAUCUUGGUAAACAUCAGCAUUUACUUCUUGGUCGUUGGUUGCGAAAGCGAUACUCCCAUCUUUUGUCUGCUACGUACACACGAUAUGAUAUCUACGUUCGCAGUACGGACGUAGAUCGCACAUUGAUGUCAGCCGAGGCGAAUCUAGCGGGACUUUAUCCACCAAUAAAGGACCAAAUUUGGGACCGUAUGAAAUGGAUGCCAAUCCCAGUACAUACCAUUCCAGAGAACCAAGAUUAUGUAUUAAGUGGCAAGAAGUACUGCGCACGAUACAAAUGCGAACUGGAAAAGGUCCUGAAUUCUCCAGAAAGGCAACGAAUAAACAAAGAAAAUGCAGAGCUCUACAGCUACUUGACCAAGAACUCUGGAUACAAAAUUUCGUCGUUGGAGCAUGUUGAACACUUAUACAAUACCUUAUAUAUUGAAAAUUUAUACAACAAAACUCUACCACAAUGGACAAGGUCGGUAUUUCCAGACAAAAUGAAGCCUCUUGCUGAGCUCAGUUUUACAACUGACGCGAAUAACAAGAUACUUCAGAAAUUGAAAUCGGGUCCAUUACUUGGAGAAAUGAUAGACCAUAUGGUGAAGAAAUCGCAAAAGGCGUUAAAACCUGACAGAAAAAUGUGGAUAUACAGUGCUCACGAUCAAACUAUUGCAAAUUUCCUAAUGGCCCUGAAUUUAUUCGAACCGCACUGUCCACCCUACGGUGCUACAGUUUUGAUAGAGUUAAGAACAAACCCCAAAAAUCAGUAUUUUGUAACGGUUUCUUAUAAGAAUAGUACCGAGGAGCCGAUACUUAUGACGUUACCAGGCUGUAAUACAUUGUGCCCUUUAGAAAAUUUUAUCGCAUUAACUAAAGACAUUAUACCUGAGAACUGGGAAAGAGAGUGUCUAUUAAAUAUAGCAGAUGUGGACAACAUCAGUUUAAUAGCGAUCAUCACAUUCGCGACGUUUUUAACAAUGAUAGUUUUACUAGGUGUAACAAUUGGCAUUAUUUAUUGGUACAACAAAACAGAUUACAAACAGUAUUAUUUUCGUUUGGUAACUGAAGCUAUAUAAUAAAUAUUUAACUAUAUAACAAAUAUUUGCAACAAAUUAGCAUGAUGAAAGAAAAGAGAAUUAUUAAUGAGAAUUAUCGAUGAGAAAUGAUAUCAAUAUUGAUGUAUUUACAAUCAAGUUAAGCGUGAAAUUUUUAACUAAUGUACAUGAUGAGUAUUUCAUCCUGAAUCCAUAUUUAGAUUCUUCUAAGGUGAAGAACAUUUUAUCUUAUAUAUACAACAAAGAAUGAUUGUUCGUAUCAGUUAUACGAAUGGAACGCAGUAUUAUGAUUUUAAGAAUAUUGUCAAUCAAUGAAAUCAAUAGAGUUUUUUAUCUGCUAGGAAACUUUUUUCCCCAUUGAUAUUUUGUGUUAUAUAUAUUUUAUAUAAAGAUAGGCAAUAUUUCGCAAUUCAGGCUGAGAUACUCAAUCUACACAAUAAUUUAAGUUUUAGAUGACUAUUGUCUUCUAUAUUUCAAAAGAAUUAUUUUAUGAUAGAUGCAUUAUUUUACAUAUAUGGACUAAUGAAUUUUAUUCAUAGAUGUAAAGAGAUUCGUGAAUCUGCGAUUGUAUUCUCUUUUUAAAUCAUCUGUCAUAUGUGUGAUAUUAUAAAUCUUUUGGCAUCAGUAUCUAUAAUUGGUUUAGAUUGAAUUGUUACCUAUGUUGUAAGCACAUUAAGUUUAUCUUCACGAAAUGAGUAUUCGUUGUCAUUUCUCUGUGAACUGCAGUGUGUGUGCUUAUCUUUACAAAAGACAACUUGUUGAAAUUUUAGCGAAAGUCCGACCAUUGAUAAUAACAAUUUAUACAGCGCGUGAUUACUUAAGAGAUAAAUAAAUCUCUGAUAUACGAACUAAACACACGGAAAAUUUUGAAACUAUUGAAAGAGACGAAUUCAGAUACUUUUAUAAAAGGUGAGAAGUAUGAUACCAAUGAGAAUAUGUAUAUAGUCUGUUUGAUAAGAGCGUGCCCUACGAAACUUUUACAUGAAAAUCGUUAAAAGGGAAAUCCCAACGGGAGCUGGUAGAGAGGUGGACUCUGCCUGCUAAAUGCUUUGUAGAGAAAGCUUCAGUUGUCCAACUUUCACGAUAAAAAGAUAUAUUUCGCUACGAAUGCCAUAAACGCAUCGCGACUCAAAGUUGUGUUUCUCUAUACACAUCCGAAAGGACCGAAAAUGUCACGCUAAGCGGCUGCUAAAUACAUGAGAAGGUCUAAAGCAUGUGUAAAUAAGUCGGUGAAUCGCUACAUAUAUAUAAUCGCUAUAUAUAUAUAUAUAUAUAUAUAUAAAGGUGAAUAAUGUCGAAAAAAGAUGCGCAAAGUUACCUUUUUCUUUUACUUUAUUACCAUCUGCCCAAAAGUAGAAAAUAUCAGAGUUAUUUUUCUACCGCAUAAAACAAAACAAUGACGUUAACUUAUUAGAUUAGCCGUCACAGACAUUGAGUGUAAAUCCCAUGAAAAAUAUUUGAACAUUGCUGAAAGUUAAGCUUUAUAGAAAGAAAGGAAGAUCACGAGUCGACAAAUUCAAUUGAUCUGAAGAUUUUUACCUCAAGAAUGUGCCGUAAAAUUACUAGAAAGUAUGCCUCGCAAUGCCAGGCAAUUAUUGAUACGAAGGUGACUGGACAAGUUAUUAAUAAUAAUCAAGUGAUAUGUGUGUAUUUUUUCUCAAUUUAUUACAAUGAAUUGUUCUCGAGUUAUGCCGGAUACGCUCUUAUCAAAUAGACUGUACAUUGCUAUUUGUAACAACGCGUUAUAUUGCGUAACUUAAUAUGUACAUGUGUUAUGUAAUAAAUACUCGGUUAAAUGCAA